CAGUUUACCGUUUACAGUUUACAGUUCAUAUUUACCGGAGCUGUCGAUUAAAUCAAAGCUGAGCAAAACGGAGCUCCGUAAAAUCAAAAUUACUCAUGAAAAAAAGCAUUGAAUUUUACUCGAUGUCGGUACCGAAUACAAAGCAGCAGUUACGCGAAAUCCUUAAGGCUGCCAGUGUCGGCCCCCAGCCCAGCGAUAUGGGCUCGGUGAGUCCUGACGAUGAGCCCAGCACCUCGGGGCUGGCUCAGCAGGAGAAGGAUGUCGUGGGGCUACAAUCGAAGGUGGUGAAUGCCGUCGAGACGAAGCAGGCCAUCGAGAGCCCUGUCCCGCAACGCCAGAGCUCGGCCGACGGCAACAUUUGUCUGGAUCUCCCGGAAGGCUGGAACUGCUGGACUCAAGGCAACAACAACGAUGCGGUGUAUGCGGCUUCACCGGUCGUUCCGGUAGAUCGUGUAUUUCCGAUGGUCCCCACUCGCCGUGAGAGCAUCUGCAAGUCCUUUUUCUGCAGCCUCUACGACUGGAUGAAGCGCAUUGCCGCCGGCUUUGGGCUGGCUCCCCCCCAGGAGUCGGUCUCGGGCUGGUACAAGCACUGCUGGGACUCACUCGGAUCCGACCUGGAUCUGGAUCUGCCCCCUAGCCUCGAACUGGACGGCAGCCCCAAACCAAUCGCCUCCUCCUCGCCCAUGCGUGAGGGCAACUCUAACAUCGCUCCAUAUCAAUCCACACAACAUACUUUUCGCAUUCAAAUUGGUUUAAAUUGAACACCUACACGCCAAUGAAGAAGAGCAACCACAACAUCGCUCCAUAACAAUCCACACAACAUACUUUUCGCAUUCAAAUUGAUUUCAAUUGAACACCUACACGCCAAUGCAUAACAAUCCAAACAGCAUUCAAACUAGUUUCAAUUGAAAUCAAAAUAGACUUUAAUCAUUGUUCUGAUUGAGAAUAUCUCC